AAAAACAUAAAUAAAAACCCUAAUACCCCCAAUGCAAUAACAAAUCCCUAAACAGUUAAUCUCCACCGUCACCACUAUAAAAUCCAACGGUUGUUAAGUGAGGAACACUCGUGCUUAUCACUCUUCUUCUUCACAGUCAUUAUUCACUUCCUCACUGAUUCUCUGUUUCUCUCCUAACAUGAACCAAAACAUCAUCGAUCCUCCACGUUCUUCUCUUUCACUUUGAAGAACAACAACAAUCUUGAUCUUUGUUUUAAUUUCGACCCAUUAAGAAAAUCGUAAUACCCAUCAAUAAAAAUAUAAUCUUUUUCAGCUUCAUUGCUUAAUUUUCAGCUGAGUCGUAAAAAAAAUCGAACUUGUUUUCUAAAGGUGUUAUUUUUAACUGUUUCUUGUUCGACGAUUGAGUUUUUUCUUUUGGGUUUUUCUUUGUUUUGUUUUUAUGAUGGUGAGUGAUAGUUAUCAGAAAAUGAUAUCCGAUGUAGCACGAUCAAUGGUGAAGAACGGUGAUUACGGCGGUGAAGAUUUAGGUGUUUUGAGGCGGCAACAACAAGAGGUGAAUGAAAGAGAGAGGGAAGUUGCGAGGUUGAGAAGUGGGUCGGCGCCUCCUACUGUUGAAGGGUCUAUUACGGCGUUUGGAGGUUUAUAUGGUGGUGGAAGUGGAAGGGGUUUUGGGAGUGAGGAAGAGCUUCGUGCUGAUCCAUCUUAUGCGAAUUAUUAUUAUAUGAAUGUGAAUCUGAACCCAAGGUUGCCUCCUCCUUUGGUUUCAAAGGAGGAUUGGCGUUAUUCGCAGCAGCGCGUAUCGAUGGUUGGUGGAAUUGGGGAUCGGAGGAGGGUGAAUGGUGAAGGUGGUGAUGAUGGUGGACAUGGAGAAAGGUCUAUCGGUUCUGAAUGGGGCGGCCAAGAUGGGUUGAUUGGCUUGCCGCCGGCAUUGGGGAUUGGGAGUAGGCAAAGGAGCAUUGCUGAAAUGUUUCAGCAGGGUGAUAUGAAUACUGCGGCAUCUGCCUCCAAGCAUCCUCAUCAUCUCUCUGGCCAUAAUGUGUUUGAUGACAUUGCUGAAAAACCGGAAACUCAUUUUGCUUAUCUGCAUCAAGCUUUGGAUGAUUUGCAGUCUGGUGGAAAUAGGCAAGGCACAUCCACCGCUCAAAACCUUGUUGGCUCGGCAUCUCAAUCUUAUGCUUCUGCUUUAGGAGCCACCUUGUCAAGGAGCAGCACUCCUGACGCUCAGUUUCUACCUAGAGCCGCUAGCCCUUGUAUUCCGCCGAUUGGGGAAGGGAGGUCAGGCGCUGCUGAUAAAAGAAGUUUCAACGGUCAAAACUCAUUUAAUGCUGCCGCAGCAUCUAAGCUAAACGAGCCUGCAGAUCUCGUAUCUGCUUUGGCUGGCAUGAAUUUGUCCCAAAAUGAUGGAAUGGACAAUGACAAACGACCCCCGUCAUCCGAUUAUACUCAUAAUGCUAAACAGUUCCAAUAUUUGAACAAGUCUGAUUCUCUACCUUAUCUGCGUCAUUCUGCUAACCAUCCUUUCAUGAAAGUGAGUAAAAGCGUCAAUUUCGGAUUGGAUCUGAACGAUUCUUCGUUAUAUGCAAGUGAACAGCUAGAACAUCACAAGGCUGGUGGAUUUUCUGUUAACUCCCAUUUAAAAGGACAUUCUACACCGAACUUUAACGGCAGAGGUGGUUCACCUGCUCAUUAUCAGAAUGUUGACGAUAUGAAUAUCUCACACUCGCACCCCAACUAUAACAUGGCUGGAUUUUCUGUUAAUCCUUCAUCGCCAUCCAUGAUGGCAAACCAGCUUGGAAGUGGCAAUUUGCCUCUUUUGUUUGAACAUGCUGCUCCAUCGUCUGCGCUGGGAAUGAAUGUCAUUGAUCCUAGGGGAUUAGGAAGAGGUGCAAAUUUAGCACCUUUGUUGGCUGCAUCUGAGUUACAGAACGCAAGCAGGUUCGGAAAUCAUGCUGCAGGUAGCACUCAUCAGCUGCCAUUAAUGGAUCCUAUGUAUCUUCAGUACCUGAGAUCAAGUGAACUUGCUGCUGCACAGAUGGCAGCCCUUAACGAAUCGGCCAGAAAUAGGGAACACACAAAUAAUUCAUUAACUGAUUUACUUGGCCUCCAAAAAGCUUACAUAGAGUCUUUAAUCGCCCCUCAAAAACAACACUUUUCUGCCCCGUACAUUGGUAAAUCAGCUAGCAUGAACCAUAAUUCUUAUGGAAGUCCAUCGCAUGGUCUUGGCAUGUCAUAUCCAGGAAGUCCACUGGCUGGUUCCGCCUUUCCGAACUCCAUAUACGGACAAGGUAGUCCUAUGAGCCAAAGUGAGCGGAAUAUGCGUUUGUCUGGGAUGAGGAAUGUGGCUGGGGGUUUAACAGGAGGAGCUUGGCAUUCUGACGCUGUCAGUAAUUUGGAUGAGAACUUCCCUUCUUCCUUGCUUGAUGAAUUCAAAAGCAAUAAAACCAAAUGUUUUGAACUUGCUGAAAUUGCCGGGCAUGUUGUCGAGUUCAGUGCUGAUCAGUAUGGAAGCCGUUUUAUCCAACAGAAACUUGAGACUGCGUCGAUGGAUGAGAAAACCAUGGUGUUCCAUGAAAUUAUGCCGAAUGCACUUUCUCUAAUGACUGAUGUCUUUGGUAAUUAUGUGAUUCAGAAGUUUUUUGAGCAUGGAACAGCAGCACAAAUAAGGGAAUUAGCUGAACAGCUUACUGGUCAUGUGCUGACUCUAAGUCUUCAAAUGUAUGGCUGCCGAGUUAUCCAGAAGGCUAUAGAAGUUGUUAAUUUAGAUCAACAGACUAAAAUGGUUACAGAGCUGGAUGGUCAUAUCAUGCGCUGCGUGCGUGAUCAGAAUGGAAACCAUGUCAUCCAGAAGUGUAUUGAAUGUGUACCUGAAGAUGAGAUUCGGUUUAUCGUUUCAACAUUUUAUGACCAAGUUGUGACAUUGUCCACUCAUCCAUAUGGUUGCCGUGUCAUACAGAGAGUCUUGGAGUACUGCCAUGAACCCAAAACUCAACAGAUUAUGAUGGAUGAGAUUUUGCAGUCUGUUUGCAUGCUAGCACAGGAUCAAUAUGGGAAUUAUGUUGUACAGCAUGUGCUGGAGCAUGGCAAGCCCGAUGAACGUUCUGCUAUUAUAAAGGAGUUAACUGGGCAGAUAGUGCAGAUGAGCCAGCAGAAGUUUGCAUCGAAUGUUAUAGAGAAGUGUCUCACUUUCGGAACAGCUAUCGAGCGUCAAGUCCUCGUGAAUGAGAUGAUUGGUUCCACCGAUGAAAAUGAGCCUCUACAGGUUAUGAUGAAGGAUCAGUUUGCAAACUAUGUUGUACAGAAAGUGUUGGAAACUUGUGAUGACCAGCAACUUGAGCUAAUUCUGAAUAGAAUAAAGGUUCACCUGAAUGCUUUGAAGAAGUAUACCUAUGGGAAGCACAUUGUUGCGCGUGUCGAGAAAUUGGUUGCUGCUGGAGAGAGGAGGAUUAGUUUUCUGACACUAAAUCAUCCUGCACAGAUGGUAUAGAGGAAAUGAAAGUUAUGUACAGCUAACUGAGAAAGAAGGAUAGUACAAGUGGCCAAUCCUUUUUCUUCUUUUUUCUUUUUCUUCAUAUCUGGUACUGAUAAUAGCACUGUCUAUAUUCAAAUAGGCAAUUGCUGAUUGGAAAGUAAUAAAAUGUUAGUUGUACUUGAAAACUGUACAUUUGUUAGUUUUGAGGAGAGAUAUAGCUAGAAAAUCAGAUUAGCUAAGGCUGAAAAUAUGAGCUAGUUUUAAUGUUGUACAGGGAGGUGUUUGACUGUACAAAUUUUUACUAGGUUUAUCAUAGGACAAACAAGUCCUUGUAUUCCGGAUAUGCAAAACAUGUUUUUAUGAGCCUUUACUCUUUCAACUUUGUUAAUUUUUUUUUUA